AUGUGUGGGUUUACGAUCGCUACGGGCUUCGCCAAUACUUUCCCUCAGCUUAUCGCUUGUCGAUUAUUAUUUGGAAUUGCAUAUGGUGGCACCUAUGGACUCGUUAUGUCCACCGUCUUGGAGGCAGUCCCCGAACGGGCGAGGGGUGUUGUUGCUGGAUUCACGCAACAAGGGUUUUCCGCAGGUUAUCUGUUCGCAUCUGGCUUACAUCUUGCAGUGGACCCAUAUGGUUGGCGAUCUCUAUUUUGGCUCUGUGGUGGCCUAGCAGUACCUAUCCUGUUACUUCAUCUUCUGACGCCAACUCAUUCCGUGGUGACCGCAACGAUACAGGAGACCGAUGGCGAUCAACCUAUCAACGACCGUGCUGCCGUUGGUGGUAACUUGCCCUUCCUGAAAAAGCUGAGAUAUGUCCUCCGCUAUCACUGGAGACCUUUUGUGUACGCCUGCUGCUUAACGUCCUGUCUUGCAACCUUGGGACACGGGACUAUGGAUCUUUAUCCGACCUUCCUGGUCACACAACGCGGCCUCAACAUUCACCAGGAAACUUGGGUGACAUGUAUCUUGCAGAUUGGUGGCAUCUUGGGUGGAGUUACAGGAGGCUUUCUUUCACACCGGAUCAGCGCGAAGUGGGUCGCAGCUGGAGCGGGUCUCUUAAUUGCACCCUUCCUGCCUUUGUGGACUCUUCCUAAGUCUUGGCACCUCCUGGCCCUAGGAGCAUUCUUUCUACAAUUUUUUUAUGGAGCCGCGAUCGGGAACUUGGGGAAUCUGCUUCAGCAGCUUUGCCCGCAUCCAGGAAUUCGGGCUGCCUUCACUGGGGUUGCAUACAACCUCGGGAAUGCUGAAAGUAUUGAUUUUCUCCGGUUUGUCGCUCCUACAAUCGAGACGGCACUGGGCGAGCGAUUCCCUCUUAGUGAUGGGACACCUGAUUACGCCCGUACGCAAAUGACCGUGGUUGGAGUAGUAAUUUUUCUACUAGUGACAGUGCUAUCCUUGAUGCCCCUGAAGAGCCUCAAUAAGAGCUGGGACCAGGAAGAUCCAAAUAGAGAUAUUCCCAGUCAAGCCGCUAUGAAUGAUGACAUGAUUAUUGAAUCUACCCGAAAGUCUGAUGAGAAACCGACCUGCGAGAUGAUUGCUUAG